AAUUCUCUGGCUCCUCACCUCCAAACCCAUUGAAUGAGAAUUCAGAGGAGGCAUGAAGAGAGGAUGCGAGGACUCAAGGAAAUGAGAUCCACCCAUUUUCACCUCCUACCUUUCCUCUCAGUGCUGAAUGACAGCCAGUUUGUUGUGUCUACAGCCUGUGUUCAGUGAGCGUCUGGUCUGCAGCAGCCACUGACAGACACUACCAGUCAGGAUGAGGUGGACUGUGUUGACCCUGAUCUGCUGUACCUGGACUGCACAUGGGCUGAUCAGGAUCCCCCUGCGUCGGAUGCUCUCUGUGCGUACUCAGCUGAGAGCCUCCAAUCGCCUGGAGGUCUUCAUGAGGGACCACCAGCCUGAUGUGUUCAACCGGAGGUACGCCCAGUGUUACCCCCCUGGUAUCCCCUCUCUCAGGCUGGGUAAGAGCAGCGAGAGGCUCUACAACUUCAUGGAUGCCCAGUACUAUGGACUGAUCAGCCUGGGUACCCCGGAACAGAACUUCACCGUAGUGUUUGAUACAGGAUCGUCUGACCUAUGGGUCCCAUCCUCUUACUGCGUCUCAGAGGCCUGUGGCAUGCACCACAAGUUCAAAGCAUUUGAGUCCAGCACGUUCAACCACGACGGCAGGAUGUUUGGCAUCCACUAUGGCAAGGGACACAUGCUGGGCAUCAUGGGCAGGGAAGUCCUCAAGAUAGGCCCGUUGACGGUGCAAAACCAGGAGUUUGGAGAGUCGGUGUACGAGCCAGGUUAUGUUUUUGUCAUGGCUAAGUUUGACGGGGUGCUGGGUUUGGCGUACCCCUCCCUGGCUGAGGAACUGGGGACACCCGUUUUCGACAGCAUCAUGAACCAGAAGUCCGUGGACCAGCCCAUCUUCUCCUUCUACCUCAGCAAGAGUAAGAUGCCAAGGGACCCAGAGGGAGAAUUGCUGCUAGGAGGGAUGGACGAGGCGCUCUACAGUGGACCCAUCAACUGGAACCCUGUUACCCUGAAGAGCUACUGGCAGAUCAAGAUGUCCAGUAUACAGGUCCAGGGAGCCUUGACAUUCUGUCCCCAUGGCUGUCAGGCCAUCAUUGAUACAGGCACGUCUCUCAUCAUCGGUCCCACCCGUGACAUCCUCGCUCUACAACAGCUGAUAGGAGCUACCCCCACCUCCAUUGGAGAGUACCUGCUUGACUGCGCCCGGCUCUCCAGCCUGCCCCAGGUGACCAUCAUGCUCAACGGGGUGGAAUACGUGCUCACUGCUGAGUCCUACGUCAGAAGGGAGAUGAUGGGUGAUCAUGAGAUCUGUUUCAGUGGGUUCCAGGCGGAGGAUCUGCACUCCUCGACGGAUCCUCUGUGGAUCCUAGGGGACGUGUUCCUCUCUGAUUACUAUAGCAUCUAUGACCGGGGACAGGACAGGGUGGGCUUCGCUAAGGCCAGACACACACGCUAUACAACGUUGGAUGCAGAGAUGGAUAGAUAGAUGGAAGGUGGGAAGGGUAAACUGAGCGAUGGAAGUAGGGAGUGAAGGAGGGAUGGUCAGAGGGAGAGAUGGAUGGAGGAAUGGACAGAGGGAGAGAUGGAUAGAUGGAUGAUAGAAGGAGGGAUGAAGUGAGGAAGGAAGGAAGGAAAGAAAGAAGGAAGGAUAGUGAUAGAAGAGUGGAUGAAGCGAUGCAUGGAAUCACCAAGCUUCACCUCCUGUCAUCAUCACUGAGACAGAAGUGCUUCAUGGAAAGGUUGAACGGCUGUCUGUCCAGCAUUAUCAGUGUCUGUCUGUCCAGCAUUAUCAGUGUCUGUCUGUCCAGCAUUAUCGGUGUCUGUCUGUCCAGCAUUAUCGGUGUCUGUCUGUCCAGCAUUAUCGGUGUCUGUCUGUCCAGCAUUAUCAGUGUCUGUCUGUCCAGCAUUAUCGGUGUCUGUCUGUCCAGCAUUAUCAGUGUCUG